AUGUACCAUCUCGAUCUUGAACCAUUUGCUGCCGGUGGCCACUGCGCUGUGGCUAUCUGUCUCGGAGAGACUCCUCUUGACAACCCAAACAACGUCUACGAUCUUGUCAAGUGCCUUCAGCAAAAGUUUAGCGAUAUCGUCUUCCUGAUUUGUGACGAAAUUCACAAGUAUGAGAUGAUGAUACCGCGAAACAUGACCAUCACCAGAGCUCAGCGACUGGCCAUCAAGAAGGGUGAUGACAUGGAUGCGAUUGUGACCAGCGCGUUUGAUCGCCUGAGGCAAGAUAAUCAGCUGUCAGCCAACGUGACUAUUCUCCGCUGGUCUCAGAUCGAGGAUCAGGAUUACCAGAAGGUUCAUGACAUCAUGUACCAAUACCGAGACCAGUUCGACCAGGAGCUCCGCACAAGCUCUGGGUUCUACAUCAAGCGUCGCCUGGCUGUCGCCACAUUGACCGAGGAACGACUUGAGAACUUUACGAAAUACACCCUCGCUGAGCUCCCUGUCCAGCUCUUGGGGUUGAACCACAACAAUCGCCAGUACACCACCAUCUUUCAUCCCGUCUACCCUCGGAAGAAUGCUGAUGGGUCCGCGGGCGACGUCGGCUCUGCGUAUGUCUCGCCGAUCGAGACGGUUGUGAAUGCCUUCCGUAGCAAUGCAGAUGUCGUAGGCGACAUCUCCCACGCGGUGCCGCAUAUGGAGGCUGGGAAAGUGACACGAGUAUUCUUUGACAGACCUGUCCGAGAAGAGGUGAAUGAAAAGUCUUCUGUUCGCAGUGUAGCUACACCAUUGAUGGAGGCGGCGGUUGUUUCUUAA